AUGGUGGGCAUCUGGGAGGCCGAAGCUGCCCAGGUUGAUCCCGCACAGCCUCCGGCAGAGCCCGAGUGGGCAGACGCCUGGCUUCGCCUUGCGCGGCAGCGGCUGGCGGCUGGCAAGUCGGAGGUGGCGGCCAAAGCGGCCGCUGUGGCGAUGCAGCUGAGGCCCGAGCUCUCCGAGGAAGCCGGGGAUCUACUUGCCCAGGUGGAGGCCGCCAGGUUGGAGUGUGUGCAGGUGAGGGGAGUCGGCUCCCUGUCGCUGGAAGUCUGGCCCGAGAGCGUGAAGGACGCUGGCAGCCUCUACACCGGGGGAGCUGUGUGGAAGGCGGGCCUGGAGCUCGCGCAGGAGCUGGCCAGCGUGGCCGACUUCUCGGGCCGCCGCGUGCUCGAGCUGGGCAGCGGCACGGGCGUUGCGGGCCUGGCUGCGGGCCUGUGCGGCGCGAGGGUUGUGCUGAGCGACCUGCCAGCAGCUGCCCCAUUGCUGCAGAGGAACGUCGACAGGAACCGGAGGUCUCUGGAGUUGAAAGGGGGUUCUGCCGAAGUACGGACAUUGGACUACCGUGAGGCGUGCGCAGAUUCCUGCCUUCGCACCUUUGACUUGAUCGUCGGAACCGACCUUGUCUGGCAGGAAGUGCAGUGCACGCCCCUGGCUAACUGGUGCGCAGCCUGUGGAGCGCCGGUUCUCCUCGUGGGCGUUCCGCGCUGGCCUUGGCUCAGAGAGGCUCUCCUCUGCUUUCAGUGCGGUGCACAUGACUGCCCACGCGCCCAGCAGUGA